UUCAAAGGGAUCGAACGGGAAAUUUCUUCGAGGUGUUAAAACUGAACACUCCUUGGCUCCUCCAGUUCAUCGGGCAAAAAGAAAAAGGAAAAAUCGAUCACUGAUUACUGAGAGACGCGGCGAAUUCUCCUUGACAAAUGGCUGCUUUUGCAUCGAAUAUGCCUAGCGAGGCUAACUGUGUAUAUUCAUGUAAAUGAGGUCGCUGAAAGACGGGCUUAAAUUUCAUUGCCAUGCCAUAAAAGCAGGUUUAACACCCAUAAUAUUCACGUCCAACCAACUCAUCAACCUAUACUCCAGACACCGUCUCAUGCAAGAAGCCCAGAAACUGUUCGACGAAAUGCCUGAACGAAACGUGUUCACUUGGAACGCCAUGAUUUGCGCCCAAUUAAAAACCCAAAACCUGAAUCAAGCACAGGCACUCUUUGAUUCAGCUCCAGAGAAAGAUUCAGUCACGUACAAUUCGAUGUUGUCUGGGUUUGUAAGAACAGAUGGGUAUGAAACUCAUGCACUAAAACUGUUUCUGAAUAUGCAAUCGGCGUCUGACGGGGUUAAAAUCGAUGUAUUUACUCUCGCAACAAUGCUUAAUUUCACGGCAAAGAUAUGUGUUCCUUGUUAUGGAAAGCAACUGCAGUCGUUUAUGGUUAAAACUGGGAAUGAUUCAGAUGGGUUCGUGAUGAGUGCUCUCAUUGACAUGUAUUCGAAAUGUGGAUGUUUUCGAGAUGCAUGUCAAGUGUUUAACGUGGGUGAUGGUGUGGUUGUUGAUUUGGUUACGAAGAAUGCAAUGGUGGCUGCUUGUUGUAGAGAAGGGGAGUUAGAAAUGGCAAGAGAUAUAUUUUGGAGCCAACCGGAGUUAAAUGAUACAGUCUCUUGGAAUACAUUGAUUUCAGGGUAUGCCCAAAACGGUUAUGAGGAGGAGACAAUCAAGUUGUUCGGCUGUAUGUCAAAGAGCCGAUUUCGAUGGAAUGAACACACUUUUGCUAGUGUUUUGAGUGCUUGCUCUGGUAUGAAGAAUUUGAAGCUUGGCAAGGAAGUUCAUGCUUGGGUUUUAAAGGAUGGGAUGUAUUCUAAUCCAUUCAUAAGUAGUGGCAUUGUUGAUGUUUAUUCCAAGUGCGGCAACAUGAACAAUGUGGAGUCGGUCUAUGCGGCAAUUGGUUUGGAAAAUUCCUUUUCAAUCACUUCCAUGAUCGUGGGAUAUUCAUUCCAAGGUAACAUGGUAGAAGCCAGGAGGCUUUUUGAUUCAUCUUUUGACAAGAAUUUUGUCAUGUGGACAGCUAUGUUUUCUGGGUAUGUGAAAUCCCAGCAGUGUGAAGCUGUGUUUGAGCUUUUAAAGGAGUUCAAUUCAAAGGGAGAAACCAUUCCUGAUGCUUCGUUCCUCAUUAGUGGGCUUGGUGCCUGUUCAUUACAAGCGGCUAUGGGUCCUGGCAAACAAAUUCAUGCUUAUGUAUUGCGAUCUGGAAUUGAAUGGGAAAAGAAGUUGAUAAGUGCCAUGGUUGAUAUGUACUCUAAAUGUGGGAAUAUAAUGUAUGCACGAUUUUUGUUUGAGAGAGCAAUUGUUAGAGAUUCAAUCCUCUACAAUGUCAUGAUAGCUGCUUAUGCUCAUCAUGGGUAUCAAGAUGAAGCUAUUCAGCUCUUUGAUGAAAUGUUGGAGAAAGGAUUCAGACCUGAUGAAGUCACCUUUCUUGCACUCUUGUCUGCAUGUCGUCAUGGUGGCUUAGUGGAGCUGGGUGAGAAGUAUUUCUAUUCCAUGGCAGAGAAUUAUGCCAUAACACCCGAAAGUGAUCACUAUGCAUGUGUGAUUGAUUUGUACGGGAGGUCCAAUCAACUAGAAAAGGCAGUCAAAUUUAUGAGGAAAAUUCCUAUAGAAUGUGAUGCCGUGCUUUUGGGGACCUUUUUGAAUGCUUGCAAGAUGAACAGGAAUGUAGAACUUGCUAGAGAAGCAGAGGAGGAGCUACUGAGAAUUGGAGACUACAAUAGGGCGGGAUAUGUGCAAUUGGCUAAUGUUUACGCUGCAGAGGGAAAGUGGGUUGAAAUGGGGAAGAUAAGGAAGAAGAUGAGAGGGAAAGAGGUAAAGAAGUUUGCUGGUUGCAGUUGGUUAUAUGUGGAGAACAGAGUUGGCAUCUUCACCUCUGGCUAUAGAUCUCAUUCUCAAACAGAAGCUAUAUAUUCAAUGUUGGACAGCUUGAAUUUAGAAAUGAACGACUUGGUCAAGUGGAAAUUAGAACUACAGCACUCUGUCAGGGGGUUCAUAAGCUGAAUGUCACCAGUCAUAGUUGUGUUGUCGCAUUGAAUUUCUCAGCAUUUUAGAUUGGGGGAGCAGUGUGGCGGCUAAAACUUACCAUGGCUGUGAUUUUCAUUGUGAAGUCAAAUGAACUCACAUGACUGGGACAGCCAACUAUUGAUGCUAUAUAUUUUUAUAACUUGGUAUUCAAUGGAGCGACUGAUCAAUAUCAUUGUCCACUAGCGGGACCCUUGAUUAAAGCUGGGGUGAAGUCUCGUAUGGACUGGUCCAACACAGUAAUUGUAGCACCUGGGUGAGAGUUGAAUGAAUACAAAAAGCUUCUUGAGGCCUUCGAAUGCUAGGAUCACAAAAUGCACUCAAUUGAGCUGAUGGAUCGCUGUCAGUAAUGCAGUUCAACGAAGCUGAUGAAGUUGAAAAAUGAGGCCGAUGACCUUGCCCUGGGUUGUGGAUGAAUUACAAAUGUGUAACUUUUGUGUUUUUUCAGCUUCUCAUAAUUUUAAGUGGCGUGGAUCCUUAUCCCGCCCUUGGGUAUUCCACCUUUGGAGAAAACUGUGUUUUUGCAAGGGCAGCUUUAGCCUUUCAGUUAUAGCAACGUCCGCAA